GCGAUACCACGUAUAGUAGAAAGUAAAAACAACAAAAUUAUGGUGUGUUUUUGAAAAACGUUGUCUAAAUGCUGGUUGAUAACAAACCGAUAAAUUUGUGUAAUACGGUUUUAUCUUGCUAGCCGUGUGUCAAUUAGAACUGAUUUACAUCUCAUGUAAGCAGCACGAGGAUCUUACAUGUCAUUCCAUUUAAUGAUCUUUAUUAUGUAAUUUGUGGAAAAGGGAAUGCUAUGCACAAAAAAUCGUGGCUAAAAUUCGGUCGGAAUAAUAUUGCAAGUGGUGUCUUUCAAAAAUGACUGACUUUCCUUCCUCCUCUACUUUUACGAGGGUAAUCAAUAAUGUGUUAACUUUUGUAAAAUGUAUUGCUAGAACCAGUUUUGUGAUACUCAAUAAUGUUUAUUGUAUACCAACAUAUGUAGUAUGGAUGACAUUAUUGUUCCCUGUAAAAGUUUAUCAACCACAAGUAUAUUGGAGAAUCGAAGGAUUAUUUUUUCAUUGGCUAUUAGCGAUGGUGUCCAUGUGGACUUGGUCUGCAGGUUAUGAUAUAAUAGAACAAGGUGAUGAUAUAGAAAAAAUUAUUAGUGAAAGAACAUUAGUAAUAGCAAAUCAUCAAAGUACUGGCGAUGUUCCUAUACUAAUGACAACAUUUAAUUCUAAACCAAAUGUGUUACCUAAUCUAAUGUGGAUUAUGGAUAGGAUUUUCAAAUUUACUAACUUUGGUAUAGUUUCUAUUUUGCACCAGGACUUUUUUAUCGUAUCUGGUCGGAAACGAAGAGAAGAAAGUUUGAAACAAUUAGAAAAACAUUUAAAAGAAGCAUAUAUUCCUUUAAACAGAAAGUGGAUGGUUCUCUUUCCAGAAGGAGGUUUUUUAUGUAAAAGACGAGAAACGUCACAAAAAUAUGCUAAAAAGAAUAAUUUACCAAUUCUUGAAAAUGUUACGUUACCACGGGUAGGAGCAAUGCAAACUAUAUUUGAUACAAUUGGUCCAUCACAAGAAAAUAAUACAACAGAACAACAAUUAAACAGUAGACCAAAUAUGUUGGUUGCUAAACCAGAAAUCAAUUGGAUUCUAGAUAUAACAAUAGCAUAUCCUCAAGGUAAACCACUUGACUUACCAACAAUUAUAACUGGUUCACGACCACCAUGUGAAACAGUUUUAUUUUACCGAGUUUUCCCCAGUUCAGUGGUUCCACGAGAACCAGAAUUAUUAUCUAAAUGGUUAUAUGAUAGGUGGGUCGAAAAAGAAGCACUUUUGGAAAAUUUUUACAAGUAUGGAACAUUUCUUGGCACGCAAGCACCUGCCAAUGAAGGUUCCAAGAUCCAUCAGGAUCCAUUGAGAUUCCUAGUCCUUCAUUUAUUUUUUAUAACAUCUAGUUAUAUACAUUAUAAUAUGUUUGCAUAUGUGCUAUCUUGCUUCUGGUAAAGCGUUUUAUACUAUACAAGAAAUUACUUUCAAAUAUCAGUAAAAUUACAAUGUAGCAAAGUAAAACUAUUCCUGCCUCAAAUAUUAUUCUUGAUGUUGACUAACAAAACUAACGAAUGUAUGGAUUGUCAAUUCCAAAUGAAUGUUUAAAAUCCAAUUAUGUCGUAGAUAGUAAAUUACAAAUAUUUGUUUCGUUACCAUACCGAUUUAUUCAUCGUUAUUUGUCUAUUUUGUUGAUACGAAUAUAAUUUCAAGUAUGCUUCAUGUUGCAAUAAGAUAUACAACUUGAAAUACUUAUUUGCUGCUAUAUUUACAUUUUAUAACAACAGUUCACUGUGUAGUAUAAAACACUUGUUUAGAGAUGAAAACACAGCAUUAGUUGGUUUUUGAAUAGCUAGUAUUCAAGAUAAUUUCAGUUUAUUUUAUUAGGUGUGCUUAAAUUUUUGAAUAUUUAGAGCUGUCUAAUAUUUUGCAUGAAUUAUCAUAAUAUUCUAAAGACUAUUUAAGUUUUUUAUUGUAAAUUCAUCAUAAAAUUAAACUUCAAUAUGCAUAUUACCUAUAAAAAAAGUAAUUUAAUGUUUGUUAAUUCAAUUAGAGUAUCUAAUGCUAUCAGUUGCAUGAUAGUUUUAAACAUUGAUAUAAAUAUCUUUUUUUUUUAUUUUUUCAUUUAUUAUAAAGUGCAAAAAUGUAUCUAUAUUUGAUUAUCUGUCUGGAGGACUUGGCAACAUUUCAAGCGAGUUUUAAAGUAUCCUACUCGUGUGUUUUAUAUUAUGGUAUAUUAAAUAUUAUCUUGAAAUGUGUAACAGUAAAUUGUUACUGCUAUUUAGAAGCAGUGAAUACCAUUUCAAAAAAUAUCCAUUUAUUUGUGAUAUAUGAUAGAAAAAAAGUAUUUUUCAAUGCGAAGUCAAUCAUAUAAACAUAAUUUUUUUAAAUUACAUACUAGAAAAUUUACAUAUAAGUUCAUAAUUCUAUGAAAAAGUAGUUGUGAAAUUUGAAGUAAAUUGUUUCGAAACUUGGCAGAAAUAAAAAUAUCUUUUCAAAUCUGUCAAAAUAAGUAAGGUGUGUACUUUAUUGUUAAAUUUUCAACCAAUAAUAACGCUGUUCAGUAAAAGAAGACGAUAUGUCAGCCGUGCCUUGUUCCUACGGACAAACCUCAGUGUUAAUUGUACAUACGCAUAUGCAAAUCUCAUGCAUAAUUUUCAUAGUCAAAUCAAUGCCUACAAAUAGUUCUUAAGAUAUUCAUAUAACAUCACUUUACAAAAAAGAAACUCAUAAUUGCAUGUAUGUAGAAGUAAUAGAGUUACUGAAGACAGAUUUUCGAUGCUGCCUAACUGAUUAUUGUAAAAUAAACGUAUAGUCGAAAUCGAAAUUUCUUGCCUUUUGGCUCAAAAAGGCAAUUAGCUAAUGUACACAUGAAAUAAAUAUUCAUUGUUGUGAAAUGAAAAGGUCAAAACAUAAUUGUGUAAUAAAUCCAAUAAGAUCAAUAUUAGUAUCAAAUGAUAGACGUGGAUAUCAAGUUUCUGUAAUGCACGGUCGUAAUAAAACACAGAAAUGUCGAAUAUAUAAAUUUACAUGAAAGAAUAUUUUGUUAUUAAAUUAUUUGCAAUGUUUUCCUGCAUUUAAUUGCAUUUAAUAUGAAACAGACAAAUUCUUUCGAAAUAAGCAAAUCAUAUACCAGAAAGUAUCAAGGCAGGAAGAAAAUUAUCAAAUCAAAAAAAUUUAUAUUUACAAUUCAAUGAUUUCUUGUAUCUCAUUUAUGACAUAAAUGCAUUUUUGCUUGAUACGAUAAUAUGUUUUACUCAAGAUAAUUAUUGUCUUAUUCAAGAGAACACUUGAUGAAAUGUUUCUAGUCUUGGUUGUAAAUUUUAGAAACAAAACGUGAUUCUAAAUGUCACCAAUUGUAAUACAAGGAAUUAUUAAAUUUGAAAAUUGCAGUACAUUAAAAUUAUUAAAUGAAAAAUUAUUUAAUGAAAAAAAAAAGUUGACUAUGUUACUAAUCAAAAAAAGAAAAAGAUUACAAAACAUAUUAAGAUUUUACUAAUAUUUAAUUGUGAGUAAUGAAAAAUUAAGCUCUUAUUUAUGUUUAAAAAUGUAGAGAGUAAACGAAAAGAAAUGUAACGUAAUGCUAAUAGUAUAAUGUGUUUACAUCAUUAUAAGGGCCAAUAUUUUUUAAAUAUUUAGCUACAUUAGAUUUAAAAUACAACAUACAAUCGUAAUAAUAAAAAUUAAAAUGUCACGUUUUGUUAAUAACGCAGAAUGGUGUGAUUAAAAAUAGUUGUAUUUAUUACAGUAAAAUACAUUACUGCAUUAAGCAUUUUGUUCAUGUGCUGUGUACGAAUUGCAAAUCAAAUUGUUGAAACCCACUACAUUUUAUAUGACACACUUUUUAACAGACUAUCAAUAUGAAAAAAGUAGAAUAAAAAUGAAAAACUGGUUGUGUUUGGUUGUGUUUUAAUUUCUGCACUCUUAAUGCUUUUAUAAAAGCAUUUCUAUGAGAGACAAUAUUAUUUAUAUGUAUUAUAUUUAAAACAAAGCUUUAUUACUGUUAAAGCAUGUUUUUCAGAUACUGAGUAUUGCUUUAUGUUCUUUUAUAAGGAUAUACAUACUGUUUAAGAUUUGUAAUGCUAUAAACAAAAUAACUAUACUGAAGCUGAAGGCUUUAUAAUAUAUGCUGGUAUUUGCAACGUUAGUGUACUAUAUCAAAGAUAUUUAGAAACUUUGAUUUUAUAUUUGUACAUUGCAAACGGCUUUUUUAAAAAGUAUAAAAAUAUAACUAAAAAAGUGUUUAACUAUUUUUUCAAAGGAAAGCCAUUAUAACAAUGAAUUUUUAAUAUCCGCGAAGAAAAUACGUAAUGCUCAAAAAAAAGAAUUAGAUGGUUUUUGUGCAAUGCAUGAAACAAAUAUAUUACAUUUCAUAUUUUUAUCAUAGAAAUAUUUACACAAUUUGACAUGUUUCUAACUGCAUCUUAGGUAUGACAAAACAUUCAUAAAUACUAUACAAAAAUAAAUGUAAAAAACGUAACUUUAGCGUAAGUUCAAGUUCAUUUUUACAAGAAAAUACUUCGCUUGUAUUCUUUUCUUAUAAAAACUUUAAUAAAAUUGUUUUUAAUUACACAAAUCCUUUCUUGUGUAAUCUGUUAUUCGUUACAUAUACCAGUUAUUUAUUUUUCAUUUAACUGAUCGAUUUCUUGUGAAUCGAAUUAAAGCAGUAUGAAACUUCUAAAUUUCGUAUCGUAUGAUGUAGUGACGACUUGGAGCUUUAUUCGAAUGAGUGAAUCAGAUUUCGUGUCUUAGAUUAGAUUCUGAAAUAAACUGGUUCCUUAUAUUAAUUACAGAAAAACCAUGUUCAAACCGCAAUAAUAACGAUUAUACAAUACAUUAUAAAACGGGACUAUUUAUUGUAAAACUAUUGUACAAAUUGUAUUUAUAAAGAAUUUCGACAAAUCAAAAUAAUUUAACUAUA